AUGGAGGCAAAAAAGUUUAGUGAAAGUGGCAAAUCAGUAGGUGUGGGUCUUUUUGAUCACUUGGGCACUGGUGGUAGGGCUAGUCUCAGUGAUGGUCAGGAAGAAUCCAGUGAUGUUGCUGUUAGCAAGAAGAAGAGGAGGAAGAAAAGGACGUUAGAAGAAAUCCGGAAAGAACAUGCUUUAAAAGAAGUAACUCGAGUUAGGAAAGCCGCAGAAAGAAUGCAGAAAAAGAAAGAGGCAGAGCUGGCUAGACAAAUUUCGAAGUUCCAGAGGGAGGUAAGCUCUUCAAAAAAGUCAAAAUGCGAGCAGAAUUUAUUUUGUUUUGUGGACUCUGAAGGUUUUGAGGCAACAGUAAAGCAGAUCUUUGGUGAUAGGAAAAUUUCUGAUCAACUAAUUAUCGAACAAAGUCGUCAAAUGAAAAUCUGUUGGAAAAGACGUUUUUUAGAGGCAAAUAUUUGUGAUGGAACGCUUGUCCGUGAAGAAAAAUUAGUCUAUGAAAAAUGUUGCAUGAUCUUUCUUACCUCAGAUGUCUUUAAACAGCUUUGUAAAUCUGGUUCAUUUUGCGACCAUAUUAGAGCAGCAUCUGAAUCAUUCCCAUUUCCAUCACCCCGUAUUACGUGCGUGGUGUACGGCAUUCAUCCCGACGCUCGAGCGACGAAUAUGAUACUUGAUGCUUACGAAAGGCAUAGAACACAAUUACGAUUUGUAAACUCAAUUUAUGAGGUGGCUAGUGUUGUAGCCCGUAUGCACCGAGCAAUAGCAAAGAUGGCACUUCAGGUUGAUGAGAGAUCAAAGCUUGUAUUUGAAACUGAAAAAGGAGUAAAAGAGGGUCCUCUCUUAAUAACGGACUGGUGGUCCAAGAUGCUGAAGCAUAUUUCCAGGUUAAGCGGUGACCAGCAGCGAGCGAUUGUAGGGAUGUUCCCCAAUCCAUUUGCACUCUCUGAAAGGUUGCUAGCGAUGGAAAUGACUCAAGCUGUGGACCUUCUCGCUGAUAUUAGGACAGAAGAAGGACGACGUGUUGGCCCAGCGAUCGCACGGAAGUUGUUUUUCACCUUAACUAGUCUCGACGGCAUCGAAGCAAUUGAUGAAUGA